CAACGACAAUUGCGCAGUCUAGUGUGAAUGGGGGGAAUGCGAAGUCAUGAAGCCAUUACGGUUCGUGUAAGGUGUUUCCGAGUUGAAAAUCUGCAAAAGUGUCGUAUCCUUGCGUUUUUAAAGUAGUUUCGAGUAUUGUUCGGUCAAAUUGAGCCGUGCGAAUCGAGUGAAGUGCUGAAAUCAUUGUGAAACGUCCCGGAGGCCGUAGUGAAAUGUGCAUUGAUGUUUGACGUAAGUGGAUUCCAUCGGGACUGUCAAAAAUCAUUGUCUCGGUCUCUCGUCAUUUGGCUGGAAAAACUUGUCUGUCCCCGUCCGAUCUGCCCAACCGGAACGCAAUUGCGAAUACAUAAAUAUAAAAUGCUACACGAAAUUCACAAAUAGACCAAGCUGUAACGCCUAUCUGUCACUUGGAAAUCUCUCGUGUGACUAACCAAAACGAUGGCUGAAGGCGGUGGUGGAGGCGGCGGCGGGACGCGCAGUGGUCAGGGUUAUUAUCAACUGAGCGUAACAAUCGAACAUGCUUCGCUUUGUAAUAAUGGCUUUCUAAAACCGAAUCCUUACGUCGAGUUAUCCGUUGACAAUAGAAGCAAUCGUAAAACAGAUGUAAUAAAGCACACUCACUUGCCAAAAUGGAAUGAAGAUUUUACAGUAUUGGUCACUCCAAAUUCAGUGCUUGAAUUUAAAGUAUAUGAUCAUUCAAGCUUUCACAAAGAUGCCUUUAUUGGUGGCGCGACAAUUUUCCUCAACGAAAUCCUCCGUCACUAUAAUGGCCGCUGUGAAAAUCUAGAAUUAAGUAUGGACUUACUUAACAAUAAGAAAAUUCGACAAUGGCCAAUACAAAAUGGGGAAUUAGUUGCAAUAUUAAAUGGCUUAAAUGUUGACAUGUCACAAGUUCCGAUCCCCAAUGGAAACGGAGCAGCAUCGGGUGACAUGCAAUCUGAUUGCACGAAUGGUGGUCCACCGGCAGUGAUUCAAGGCAAUCAGAGUAGCAUUUUACGUACUGGAAUUCGGGCCCGCAUGCGUCUUUGCAGCAACCCAGUGCAACUUCCAAAUUCUCCGCAGCCAAACACCAACGCUAUAAAUGCAGCUAUCAAUAAUUACAACAUGAACGGAUCCCCAUCCGCAUCGGGCGGAGCGAUGAGUCAAAAUGCAUUGCAUCCGGGCAAUCCGAUUUCAGCUUCAACUGGAGCUAUACGGCGAAACAGUGGUAAUACGUGGGAAUCGCAACAGCAACAAUCACAAAUACAACAUCAACGAGUCGCCAUACCAAAUAUGAAUGGAACGAACCAAAGAAUUAUUCAAAAUGUCGCGCCUGGUCCUAGUGGGGAUCAAAUGAGCCAAGGUGCUGCCGGUGCUGCUGCUUUGCCAGACGGAAUGUCUCCAUCACCGGUAGCACAUUCCGGUGCCGUAAAUGUUCCUAAUGGGGCUGGAAAUCCAGUGCCCGUUUCAAGUGCUAGUGAUCAACAGAUGCAAACGCAAUCUGAUGAUGAACCACUUCCAGCUGGAUGGGAAAUACGUUUCGAUCAAUAUGGAAGAAGAUAUUAUGUUGAUCACAACACUCGCUCCACAUAUUGGGAGAAACCGACUCCUUUGCCCCCCGGUUGGGAAAUACGUAAAGAUCCUCGCGGUCGAGUUUACUACGUUGAUCACAAUACACGAACGACAACAUGGCAACGGCCUAAUAGUGAACGUCUUAUGCAUUUUCAACAUUGGCAAGGACAACGUGCACAUGUUGUGGCGCAAGGCAAUCAACGAUUCUUAUAUCAGCAGCAAAAUCCUGCGGCAGCUGCAGCUCUUACUCAAGAAGAGGAUGAUAACCUUGGUCCCUUGCCUGACGGCUGGGAGAAAAAGGUCCAAUCAGACAAUCGUGUCUACUUCGUGAACCACAAAAAUCGAACAACUCAAUGGGAAGAUCCUAGAACUCAAGGACAGGAGGUUAGUUUAAUAAAUGAAGGUCCUUUGCCGCCCGGGUGGGAGAUUCGAUAUACUGCGACCGGUGAACGUUUCUUCGUCGAUCACAAUACUCGUCGAACAACAUUUGAGGAUCCUCGGCCAGGUGCUCCAAAAGGGGUAAAGGGUGUAUACGGUGUUCCACGCGCUUAUGAGCGAUCAUUCCGAUGGAAACUUAGCCAGUUCCGUUACUUAUGCCAAAGUAACGCAUUACCAUCGCAUAUUAAGAUCACUGUAACACGCCAGACGUUGUUCGAAGAAUCGUAUCAUCAAAUCAUGAGGCUACCGGCGUAUGAAUUACGUCGUCGAUUGUACAUAAUAUUCCGCGGUGAGGAAGGUCUAGACUAUGGUGGUGUUUCGCGCGAAUGGUUCUUUUUACUAUCACACGAAGUCCUAAAUCCCAUGUAUUGCUUGUUCGAGUACGCCAACAAAAAUAAUUAUAGUUUACAAAUUAAUCCGGCCAGCUACGUUAACCCUGACCAUCUGCAGUAUUUCAAGUUUAUCGGUCGAUUUAUCGCGAUGGCACUGUACCACGGUAGAUUUAUCUACUCUGGCUUCACGAUGCCGUUCUAUAAGCGAAUGCUUAACAAAAAAUUGACGAUAAAGGAUAUCGAAACAAUCGAUCCAGAGUUUUAUAAUUCUUUAAUUUGGGUUCGAGAUAAUAACAUCGAUGAUUGCGGAUUGGAACUUUGGUUUACUGUUGAUUUCGAGGUUUUGGGUCAAAUUCUGCAUCAUGAACUUAAGGAGAACGGUGAGAAGAUACGUGUUACGGAAGAGAAUAAGGAGGAGUAUAUCACUCUUAUGACAGAAUGGAGAAUGACUAGAGGAAUUGAGCAGCAGACGAAAACCUUCUUGGAUGGUUUUAAUGAAGUCGUGCCUCUGGAAUGGUUGAAAUAUUUUGACGAGCGUGAGUUGGAAUUGAUACUGUGCGGCAUGCAAGAUGUGGAUGUGGAAGAUUGGCAACGAAAUACUAUUUAUAGGCAUUAUAAUCGUAAUAGCAAACAAGUUGUCUGGUUCUGGCAGUUUGUUCGCGAAACAGAUAACGAGAAACGUGCUCGACUGCUUCAAUUCGUCACGGGAACAUGUCGUGUUCCGGUAGGCGGUUUUGCUGAAUUGAUGGGAUCGAAUGGGCCCCAAAGGUUCUGUAUUGAGAAAGUAGGCAAGGAAACGUGGCUGCCCAGAUCGCAUACAUGUUUCAAUCGUCUCGACUUACCACCGUACAAGAGCUACGAUCAGCUCGUCGAGAAAUUAACGUUUGCAAUCGAAGAGACUGAAGGCUUUUGUCAAGAAUAAAUUUCGCAAACUUAAGAAAUUAACAAAAAUAGACACUAUUUCCUCCCCCGAGAUUUUUUUGUUUUUGUUUUUAAUGUUCUAUAUAAUUUGGGUGUUUUUUUUUUCUUAUGUUCUACGCAGAAAUUACGUAUGGUCUUCACAAUAAUUAGAUGACUUUAUAUUUAUACACAAUUACUGUAAUAGUAGACACAUUUGUGAUUUGUAUUAUUGUAAAUAAAGCAAAGCAAAAAUAUUUAUGAAACUAUGAAUACAUAUGCAAGAAUUUUAUUAUAGAAAAAGGCAAAAGUCAAAUGAAAUGAAUUAAAGACAAAAGAAAUCAUUGAAACAAAUCUGAAAUUCAAUAAACUGUCGUGUAAAUUGUAAAUUAGAUGAAAGUUUAUUUUUAAAAGAAAGGGAACGAAAAAAGAUGCGGAAAGACCUAGCAAUAUUUUUCUAACACUGAUUAUUGUAAAUCUUAAGCAAUUUUGUAUUAUUUUAUACUACAAUACAUGCUGGCUUUUAUUUAUUAACUCCAUAUUUUAAUAACCGCUAAUUUCUGUCCACUUCUACUAAAUAUUCCAUUGGAUGUGUGUUCUUUCUUUUCCGAGCAUCCCCCGAACAUAGCUCAACGAGUUUCACUUAUUUUGCUAUGAUUCCGAACAUUCAUUUCAUACAUAUCGUGAAAACCUCACAAAGCUUUAGUUUCAACUUUGUUGGUGCGAGUUUUAAGAUUUAACCGCUGAAAAUAUGAAAGUGCUUUGAAAAUUCAUUCAAAAUUUCUAGAUAAGAAACUUAUUGCGUUGAAAUUCACUCUUCUGGGUUAAGGUUUUUGGGAACUAAUUCGUGAUUUUUUCUCGACUAAAGACUAUUUGCACAGUUCAGAAGGGACCAUAGCACACUUGAUCUAUUUUCAGUUUCAGUUUAUAAACAAAAAAAGACACAAAUCGCUUUACAACUCUUGAUUUCACGGAAUUCUAAUGUAAUUUCAUUAACUGAAAUUCAGUUUUUUAUAAUAUUAGGCUGUUGUUAUUACUGUAUUAAAUAAUAUAAUGAUAAAAUAAAGAAAUAGAUAAGGUUUAACGGUUCAACAAGCAUGUUAAAUAUAAAACAGAAGAACUAGACGUGUAAAUAUAUAAAACUAAAAUAUAUAUUUUAUUGUUGUUUUAGAUUUUAUGAACUGAUAAUAAAAAUUGGUAAAUAAUAUG